UUCUCAGAGUAAAAACCCCAGCUCUUUUUCUCGCACCAUAACCAUGAAAAUCCUUCUCUUUUCUGUAGCCAUCCUCUGUUUUUCCCUAUCCCAGGGGCUGAACCAGAACCCCAAGUGUGAGAUCCAAGACCAAGGCUCAACCCUCCAAGUGUUUCACAUCUAUAGUCCAUGCUCGCCCUUUAGGCCUUCCAAGCCACUCUCAUGGGAAGAGAGCGUUCUCCAGAUGCAGACCAAGGACCAGGCCAGGCUCCAGUACCUGUCCAGCCUGGUGGCCAAGAAGUCUGUUGUACCAAUUGCUUCAGGCAGGCAGAUAAUCCAGAGUCCUACUUACAUUAUCAAGGCCGAGAUUGGAACCCCACCCCAGACAAUGCUCACGGCCAUGGAUAACAGCAAUGAUGCUGCCUGGAUCCCCUGCACUGGCUGCGUAGGCUGCUCCUCCACCGUCUUUGACAUUGCCAGGUCCACCACUUUCAAGCCCCUCGGCUGCCAAUCUCCUGAAUGCAAGCAGGUGCCUAACCCCACUUGCGGUGGCGCCUCCUGCAGCUUCAACGUGACCUAUGGCAGUUCCACCAUUGCAGCAAACCUCUCACAGGAUACCAUUACCCUGGCCACCGACCCUGUACCUGGAUACACCUUUGGAUGCAUACAAAAGGCCACAGGCAGUUCAGUGCCUCCGCAGGGCUUGAUUGGUCUCGGCCGAGGGCCAUUAUCACUUUUGUCACAAACCCAAAGCCUGUACCAAUCUACAUUUUCGUAUUGCUUGCCCAAUUUUAGGUCUGUGAAUUUUUCUGGGUCAUUAAGACUUGGGCCAAUUGGACAGCCUAUGAGGAUCAAGUUCACUCCUUUGCUCAAAAACCCUAGAAGACCGUCGCUAUACUAUGUCAAUUUGGUCGGAAUUAGGGUCGGAAGGAAAAUCGUCGAUAUCCCACCUGCUGCUUUGGGUUUCGAUGCCACCACCGGGGCAGGCACCAUUAUUGAUUCCGGCACCGUCUUCACCCGACUGGUCGCGCCGGCGUAUACUGCGGUCCGCGACGAGUUCCGGAGGAGAAUCAAGAACGCAAACGUGACCUCCCUAGGUGGGUUCGACACCUGCUACUCAGUACCCAUCGUGGCACCGACGCUGACGUUCUUGUUCGCUGGAAUGAAUGUGACGCUGCCUCCGGACAACCUGCUAAUCCACAGCACCGCGGGCAGCAUAACGUGCCUGGCGAUGGCCUCGGCACCGGAAAACGUGAACUCGGUGCUGAAUGUGAUCGCCAACAUGCAACAGCAGAACCACAGAAUCCUCUUUGAUGUGCCCAACUCGAGGCUGGGCGUUGCCCGCGAGCUCUGCACCUAAAAGAUGGAUAGGAAGUAAAGGAAAAGCAGGGAAGUUAGAAUGGAACGGCGUCGUUUCAAAUGUUGUGUGGGUGACUUACUUGACUGUUGAACAGGUUGGGGUUAAGACCGUAGGAUUUGUCGCGGGUCACGCGGGUGCCCUGUACCUUUUUUUGUGCCCUUUUCUUCAUGGUAAAUGAUUGGGCUGUCCUUUGACUUGUGUCUUGGACUGUGACACGAGCCUCCAACAUUUUAUGUUUGUUGAUCUUAAUUAAUUAAUAAAAUAAUUUUUAUGUA